GUGCCGGUCCUGGUAUCUGGCCACCAGGAACUGUUCUCAGCGCUUCAGAGCGAAUAACUCACUUAACCCGGAACCGUCAUCUGAGAUGUGGGCACUGGAGUCACACUGUCCGGGGACACCCCCAGAAACACUUAAAGAAGAAAAGCAGUCAGGAUGUGUUCCAGCUACAAGUCUUGAGGGCAGCAGUUUGAAGAAAAGCAACUGGGGGUUCUUACUUCCUGGCAUUGUUGGGGGGACGCUGGUGGCCGUGUACGCCGUGGCCACACCGUUUAUAACACCAGCCCUCCGAAGAAUCUGUUUGCCUUUUGUACCUGCAACUGCAAAGCAGAUUGAAAAUGUUGUGAAAAUGUUGCGAUGCAGGAGAGGACCCCUGGUAGACAUCGGUAGCGGCGACGGACGUAUCGUAAUAGCAGCUGCAAAGGAAGGAUUCACAGCUGUGGGUUAUGAAUUAAACCCCUGGCUCGUCUGGUACUCCAGAUACUGCGCUCGGCGGGAAGGGGUGCAGGCAUCGGCCAAAUUUUACAUCUCAGACUUGUGGAAGGUCACUUUUUCGCAGUACUCAAAUGUUGUUAUCUUUGGUGUGCCCCAGAUGGUGCUGUUGAUUUUAAGGUGUACCAUUGCUGCUGGGAAAGAAAAAAAAAUGUUGCCAAUUAUAAUUCUAAGACAAUGUCAAUUAUGCUGCAGUUGGAGAAGAAGCUUGAGCUUGAACUUGAGGACGAGGCUAGAGUCAUUGCUUGCCGGUUCCCCUUCCCACACUGGACCCCAGCCCAGGUCAUGGGGGAGGGGAUAGACACCGUGUGGGCCUACGAUGCCAGUUCUUUCAGGAGAAGUAAGAAAAGGCCCUGAAGAUCCGUGCAUUUCCAGUUGGUCAUUCAAAUAUAAACUUUAUCCAGAGAGUUUUCUGAAGUGUUGGGGGUCUUUGAUUUUAUAGAGACUUAAGGCUAUGUCUUCAGCAAAGAGUAUAUUUUUCCUUGUUAUGGAAUGAGAAAUUAGGAUUGCUUUCCUUAACUUUUGGAGAAAAUAAACAGAAGUUGAGAACAGCAGGUAGAUUUAAAGCCCCUUUCAUGGUGUGUUCAAAACAAAUGUGCUUACUGCUUUUCAUGCACUCAGGUGUGUGAAAAUAUGGAUGGGCUAUGGUCAUGUUGAUGGGUGGGAGAGAUGUCAGCAGCUCUUCACAUUAUAAAGAGCAUGCUUUAAUGCCACAGAUGAGAAGAAACAAUUUAAAAAGAGGGAAUGCAUUUGUAAAUGUUUGCAAUUUCCUGUAAC